CCCCCACUGUGAAGAAGUAGGAAUUUUCCCAUCUCCAUCGAACAAAACGAAGAAAGAAGCCCUAACGCGAUUGAGGCAGUGAGAAAGCGAGAGAAAGAGAAAUCAAGCUCAUCAGCACAACCAUGGCACUCCGUGCUCGUCUCUUUUCCAAAUCCAAAUUGGCCUAUGGUAGCCAGGUACUUCUGCAAAAGGAGUAUGCUGUUCCGGUUCGUCACUUUGCUAAAGAGUCUGCCCCUCCUGCCCUUAAGGGAGAUGAGAUGCUGAAGAACGUUUUUGUCGAGGUGAAGAGCAAAUUUGAGACAGCCUUGGGAAUAUUAAAGAAGGAGAAGAUCACCAUCGCUCCAGAGGAUCCAGCUGCUGUUUCUCAUUAUGCCAAUGUCAUGAAAACAGUCAGAGAGAAGGCAAACUUGUUGUCAGAGUCCCAAGACAUCCUUGCCACCAUUGAAACAGAGACACAAGAUAUUCCAGAUGCUCGAACUUAUCUUUUGACCUUGAAGGAAAUAAGAACCAAGAAAGGUCUUUUAGAUGAUCUUGGUGCAGAGGCUAUGAUGAUCGAUGCAUUGGACAAAGUUGAAAAGGAGUUAAAGAAACCUCUGCUGAGAAAUGAUAAGAAAGGAAUGGACCUUCUCUUGGCAGAGUUUGAUAAGAUUAAUAAGCAACUUGGAAUUCGGAAAGAAGAUCUUCCAAAGUAUGAAGAGCAGCUAGAACUUAAACUAGCCAAAGCACAGCUGGAGGAGCUGAAGAAGGAUGUUGUUGAGGCGAUGGAAACUCAAAAGAAGAGGGAGGAAUUCAAGGAUGAGCGUGAAGCGGUUGAUGUCAAAACUUUGGACAUCCGGAACUUCCUUUAAAUAAAGGCACUUAAUCGGUUGAUGUCAAAACUUCAAGAUGUUUGCAUAUAUUAGAAUGUUGCAUUUGGAUAAUGAUGAAGCCAUUUUUGUUCAAUAAAUAGACACACCAAUGAUUUUGAAGUGCUAUACUGAUGCCAGUUUGAAGAUUCUUGAAUUUUCGAGGUCUCUAUAUUCCAAAUUCCUUGUUGAAACUGGGAAUUUGAGUGAUCAAAUUUUCUAAUUUUUUCUUCUGUUUUGUUUCCCAAGUACACUUAUUUUCUUAUUAAUAUUACGGCUGUUCCUGA